GACACCUACUACUGCGACGCCGGAGAGACGUGUAUGGGAAAUAAGAAGUGCAAUAAGGGUAGCAGCGGCGGCGGCGGCGGCGGUGGUGGAGGAGGAAGCCAGUGUGCGGCUGGCCAGACACCCUGUGGCGUGGGAUGUAUGCCGUCCGGGGAGGUUUGCUGCGAGACAUACUUCUGCAAUGCCGGCUUGACCUGUGUCGGGGACAAGAAAUGUCGAAACCCCAACGGUGAAGGUGGCGGCGGCGGCGGCGGAGGAGGAGGUGGUGAUGAUACCAGCGCGACGUCCAGUUUGCUCGCAACGAUACCUGGUAGCGAAGCGGGGACGACGUCUCUGAGAGAUUUCCCUCAGCCCACGCAGACACUUGAUGGCGGUGAUGAUGGACCGACAUCAUCGUCGUCAAGAUCUUCGUCGUCGACAACGAGGUCGGGGACAACCACGACAAGCGCGGCACCGACAUCGACGUCAGCCCAGGCUGCAGCGUUCUUGGGACGAUAUCUUGACGGCUCCGUCUUGGUUGCGGGCCUCCUCGUUGCAGCGCCGCUAGUGAUCUGAAAAUCAGCUGUAGGUAGUACAUACCAGGAGUAAGAACGACAAAUUUGUAACGCGAGUGUGUCAAUAAAUAUCAAGAGAAUAAGU